AUGUCUGGAGCCCUUGAUGUCCUGCAGAUGAAGGAGGAGGAUGUCCUCAAAUUCCUUACCUCAGGAACCCACUUAGAUGGCACCAACCUUGACUUCCAGAUGGAGCAAUGCAUCUACAAAAAGAAGACCUGCUGGGCCCUACUCGAGCCUCGCGCCGCGACCGUGGCCGCCUUGCCUGUGUGGACACGGGGGCAGCCCUCGUCACCUUCUCCACUGGCAUAUAUGCUGAGCCUCUACCGAGACCCGCUGCCUCGGGCGGACAUCAUCCGCAGCCUCCAGGCUCAAGAUGUGGAAGUGACUGGACAGAACUGGACCUUCGCUUUUGACUUCUCCUUUUUGAGCCAAGAAGAGGAUCUGGCAUGGGCGGAGCUCCGGCUACCGCUGCCCAGCCCUAUGAACCUCCCCAUUGACGGUCCACUCACUAUUGAAAUUUUCCAUCAGGCAAAGCUGGACCCAGAGCAGGACCCAGCUGACUGUGUGGAGCGUGUUCAGAUGGAGAGUUUCACUGUCACUCCGUCCCAGGUCACUUUUUCCUCGGGCAGCACAGUGCUGGAGGUGACCGGGCCACUCUCCAAGUGGCUAAAGGACCCCAGGGCACUGGAGAAGCAGAUGUCCAGUCUGGCAGGACAGUGUUGGCAUCAGCCCCAUUCUUCACCUGUUGCUGACACCAGCACCAAUGUGCUCAUGCUGUAUUCCAACCGACCUCAGGAGCAGAGGCAGCUGGGUGGUGCCACUUUGCUCUGGGAAGCUGAGAGCUCCUGGCGGGCCCAGGAGGGACAGCUGUCUGGAGAGAGGGGUCGAUGGGGCAGAAGGCACCGGAGACAUCACUUGCCAGACAGAAGCCAACUGUGUAGGAGGGUCAAGUUCCAGGUGGACUUCAACCUGAUUGGCUGGAGCUCAUGGAUCAUCUAUCCCAAGCAGUACAAUGCCUAUCGCUGUGAGGGCGAGUGCCCUAACCCUGUGGGGGAGGAGUUUCACCCUACCAACCACGCCUAUAUCCAGAGCCUGCUGAAACGCUACCAGCCCCACCGGGUCCCUUCCACUUGCUGUGCCCCUGUGAAGACCAGGCCCCUGAGCAUGCUCUACGUGGACAAUGGCAGGGUGCUCCUGGAACACCACCAGGAUAUGAUUGUGGAGGAGUGUGGGUGCCUCUGACAGAACCAGGGGACCGUGCUGAAUCGGCUUGCUCUCCACCAUGCUGGUGAACUCCAGGGAGACCUCACGGUGUCAAUCUAGGGAGCAAAAAAUGGAAGAGCUCUGCCUGCCAGGGCUAACAAGGAAGGCCUGUCCCCUGUGCAUACAGGGCUUUUAGACCUGCCAAACCAGAGGCUCCUGCAUGAAGGCAGGAUGGAGAAGCCUUGCAGGGGCUGGCUGGGCUCCCUGGAAAUAGGGGCUAUGAACUGUUUGAAAUUGUGUGCAAAGGUUAGGGUAUAUAUGUAUUUAUUUUGGACUGUCUGUAGCUUUCCUGUAUUCUCAAGUGGUCUGUGACCCACUGUCCUUCUCGAGUUUAGUAUAAUUUUAUUAGAUUAAACUAGCCAUUUGGCUUUCUUUGCUGGAAGCUGGGCUGGGGAGGCCCACAACUUUGUGGCUGGCUCACUGGUGCUAACAUGUUGGCCUUGGCUAGGGGCUUCCUGAUCUCUACUAAUGAGUUGUCUAAACAAGAAAGCCACUGUCCAGUUCUUCCAGGACCAGCUGGUGCCUUUAACCAGAGUGGUGGGCACUUGUCCAAGAGGGCCUGGCCAUGGUGGACUACAGAAGCCAG